GGAGCUCCGGCAGCGGCACAGGCGGUAAACGGCGGGGAAUCCCUCACUGCUGCCCUCCUUCCCUCGCCCCGAGCGCGGCUCCCCGAUGACCCUGAACCGCGGAGACAAGGUGCGGUGCCUGGAGAGGCGGCGGGGCAGCACGCCGUUCGCGCAGCCCCUGCACCGCCGCAGCAUGCCCGUGGACGAGCGCGACCUGCGCGCCGCCGAGCCCCAGGGCUUGGUGCGCUGCACCUCCUACAGCCCCGGCGGAGAGCACCGCGACAGCUGGGCCUCCGACUCCUCCGACUCCGUCAUCUCCUCGGGCAGCGACUCCGACAGCAGCCUCUACAAGGUGAUCCUGCUGGGCGAGCACGGCGUGGGCAAGACCAGCCUGGCGCGCAUCUUCGGCGGCGUGGAGGAUGGAGCGGACGCGGACGAGGCCGGAAAUACGUACGACAGAUCAAUUAUAGUUGAUGGAGAAGAAGCUUCUCUCGUGGUGUUUGAUAUAUGGGAGCAGGAUGACAGCCAAUGGCUCCAGAACCACUGUAUGAAAAUGGGAGAUGCCUAUAUUAUUGUGUAUUCAGUGACAGACAAAGUUAGUUUUGAAAAGGCCUCUGAGCUAAGAAUCCAGUUAAGAAGAGCAAGGCAAACAGAAGACAUUCCCAUUAUCCUUGUGGGCAAUAAAAGCGACCUGGUCAGGUCCCGGGAAGUCUCAGUUGAUGAGGGCCGGGCCUGUGCUGUGGUGUUUGACUGCAAAUUCAUCGAGACCUCAGCCGCUCUUCACCACAACGUGAAGGACCUGUUCGAAGGCAUCGUGCGGCAGAUCCGGCUGCGCAAGGACAGCAAGGAGGACAAUGCCAGGAGGAUGGCCAACACCAAGAGGAGGGAGAGCAUAGGCAAAAAGGCCAAGCGGUUCCUCGGGAGAAUUGUGGCAAAGAACAACAAGAAGAUGGCUUUCAAGGCAAAAUCAAAGUCCUGCCAUGACUUAUCUGUGCUAUAGGAGCUUCAGCAAGGCCGGAUGCUGCACGUGAUGAACGAGCCUUGGACUGUUAUGAGAAGCGUGUAGAUGAUCCUCGUGGUGAUAACAAGAGUGACUUAUCCAUUGAGACUCUCAUUAAUGCCUUAAGGUGCUGAAGCAAGCCUGGAAGUUACACCACAAUGCUUCGUUGAUAAAUGGUUUAAGUUUCGAUGUGUGCAAGUCAAUGAACUAACUUGAAAUGUGUGGCUUGACGUGCCCACAUUUUCACUGUGUACAUAUGUUCUAUAUCCUCUUGUCCUGUGGAUACCAGAGAUGCAAAGAUAAGGAAGGAUAAGAAGUAUCUCACCAUAGACUUGUCUCGUUUGCAGAGCAAAACUUGAACUUGUACGCAGGCUCGUACACUCUUUUUAGUAUAAUGCAAGCAAUGAUAAAUCUUUUUAAACUUCAGUGUGGGGAGGAGGGGGUAGAACCACACCAGAAUGGGAGAAAACAAAUUAUAUAUAUAUUUAAAUACAGAACAGAUGUCAUUUUAUGAAGUUAAUUUGCACUUCCAUUAACUGUUAUUCAAUGAAUUGGUUACUUGUUUAAAUGCAGAUUUUAUAAUAAAGUAUUAUUUCCUGUUAUAAUAAACUGUGCUUUUCUCAUAGUAUGGGUAAAGA